UCACAUUUAAAUCUUUGACCUCUCUCUCUCUCUGGUUCUCUCUGCUCAGAGCCAUCUAACUCUGCAGCCAUCGAAGAUAACGGAAUGAAAGAACAACAAGCACCAGUAGCAAGAGCAAUACAAAAUAGAGAAGUAAACUGACUGGGGUCAUUGGAUUUGAAGCUUUUGGUGAUCAAAAAUGGUGAUGGAAGUGGUUCAAGAAGACAUGGGUGAAGAUAACAUGCAAUGUACAAACCACCCUUACAAGAACAACAGCCCAGGUGGGAUCUGUGCAUUUUGCCUCCAAGAAAAGCUUGGAAAAUUGGUCUCUUCCUCUUUCCCAACCGCCAUUUUUCCAUCUUCAUCUCCUUCUUUCAGAUCUGAUUUUACCAGUGCCACCACUUCAACUCUGCAAUUCCGCCCCAAUCCAUCUUCAUCAACCCACCAUCAAAAUCUGACACACAAGAGUCAUAAUCAUUAUCAUGAUCAGCACUAUCCCGGGAGGUCCAAAAUACCUUUUCCGUUAGCCACAAAGAAGAAAAAGAAAGAUGUAACCAUUGCAGCUUCAGAUCAGACAAGCAUUGUUUUCAAGAGAAGCAAGUCCACCACCACCCCUAUUCGUGGUGUUCCUUUUACAGAUGAAUCUGAAGACCAUAGUCCUCACAAGAGAGGGUUUUGGUCAUUUCUUCACUUGUCAAAGCAUUCUUCAAACAAAAAAACGGAAGAAAUCUGCUAUGAAUCUUCAGCAACAAGAACCAACAUGGGAGCAUCCAUUAAUGGCUCUUUUUCACAGCAGAGACAAAGAGAGAAGAAGAAAGAAGAGUUUGUAAUGGUAGAUGAUAAUGUGAGUCCUUCUGGGACCUCAUUAGAUAGGAAGGUUUCUAGAUCUAAAUCUGUUGGGUGUGGAAGUAGAAGCUUCUCAGGGGACUUCUUCGAGCGCAUCUCCACUGGGUUUGGGGACUGCGCUCUCCGCCGUGUGGAGUCACAGAGAGAAGGCAAGCCUAGGGUCUUCCCCAUGCACCGUGGUGGCGCCGUCGGUGGUGGGCAGGACUACAUGAAAGAGAGAGUAAAAUGUGGUGGCAUUUUUGGUGGGUUUAUGAUGGCCACAUCUUCAUCUUCUUCAUCAUCAUCCUCUUACUGGGUGUCAUCAUCAACUGAGGAGAAUUUGUGUGGAAAAACACCUACAGUGUGUGUUUCUUCAAGGGCUGGACAUGGUGGUCAUGGAAGGAGUAAGAGUUUGGGGUGGGCAUUCGCUAGUCCCGUUAGAGCUUUCAGUAAGCCUCCUUCUAGGAAGAGAGAAGCUACAAAUAAGAACACCAAUCCCAACUUGUCUGCCAUUCCUUCCUUGUUGGCUGUGGGAGGCUAAAGAUCAUACUUAGCUUAUUAGCUAAAUGCUACACAUUUACAUUGUAGUUUAUUUGUGUUUAUUACUCUCCCUCUCUGUAUCUAUUAUGUUUGCCUCUGUUUCAUCAGUUCUGGUACACUCUUAUCUAUUUUCAGGAAGUUCUUGUGAAUUUUGACUCUAAACUAUGGAAAGAUCCACUUUUUAUGUUUCAC